GGACGCUUAAAUCAGAGGUCUCUUUAAAUACUCAACGUGCUCGCGACUAAACCUGGAUGUGGGUGUGGCCUGUUUCGUAACGUCAAUCGUCGGCAAGGCGUGACUAAGCAAUUCCAACCGCUUCAAGGAAACAAAUGGAAAUCAUGGCGUCCUGACGGCUUCGGCAGAGUUUUGUUUUCCAGUACUGAAGUAUGCAGAAAUGUGUUAACCGGUGGGCCUUUACAGCGAGUUAUCUUCCGAUUUUAUGAUAUUAUCCACUGUUUUCGUUCGAACUAUUAGACGUGUUGCAACUCUGUCCGCCAGAAUGAGCGAUCCGGCUGUAAAGAGGGUGGUGAGCGAUAUCAUUCGUUCUCCAGAAGACAAACGGGAGUAUCGAGGACUUGAGUUUACAAAUGGGCUGAAAGCCGUUCUCAUCAGUGACCCCACCACUGACAAAUCAUCAGCUGCACUGGAUGUCCACAUAGGUUCUUUGUCAGAUCCCGAGAACAUUUCAGGACUGGCCCACUUCUGUGAGCACAUGCUGUUUUUGGGAACCGAGAAGUACCCCAAAGAGAAUGAGUACAGCCAGUUUUUGAGUGAGCACGCUGGCAGCUCCAAUGCCUUCACCAGUGGAGAGCACACCAAUUACUAUUUUGAUGUAUCCCAUGAGCAUCUACAAGGGGCUUUGGACAGAUUUGCCCAGUUCUUUCUCUGUCCACUGUUUGAUGAGAGCUGUAAGGACCGAGAGGUGAACGCAGUGGAUUCAGAACAUGAGAAGAACCUCAUGAAUGACGCAUGGCGGCUGUUUCAGUUGGAGAAAGCCACUGGGAACCCUAAACAUCCUUUUAGCAAGUUUGGCACUGGCAAUAAGUUAACCCUUGAGACAAGGCCAUCUCAACAGGGCAUUGAUAUCCGCAAGGAGCUGCUCAAGUUUCACUCCACCUACUAUUCCUCCAACCUUAUGGGAUUGUGUGUGCUGGGCAGAGAGUCGCUGGAUGAUUUGACAUCUAUGGUGGUGAACCUUUUUGGAGCGGUUGAGAACAAGAAUGUCCCUCUCCCAGAAUUCCCAUCACACCCUUUCCAGGAAGAACACCUGAGGCAAUUUUAUAAAGUCGUGCCUAUCAAGGACAUUAGAAACUUGUAUGUGACCUUCCCUAUCCCAGACCUGCAGAAGUACUACAAAUCAAAUCCAGGUCAUUAUCUGGGCCAUCUGAUUGGACAUGAGGGUCCAGGGAGUCUUCUGUCUGAGCUCAAAGCUAAAGGAUGGGUGAACACGCUAGUCGGAGGCCAGAAAGAAGGAGCCAGAGGAUUCAUGUUCUUCAUUAUUAAUGUGGACUUGACAGAAGAAGGGCUGUUGCAUGUCGAGGAUAUCAUCUUCCACAUGUUCCAGUAUAUUCAGAAGCUGCGGACAGAGGGCCCUCAAGAGUGGGUCUUUCAGGAGUGUAAGGAUCUGAACACUGUGGCUUUCAGAUUUAAGGAUAAGGAACGUCCUCGUGGAUACACAUCUAAAGUGGUUGGACUACUGCAUUACUAUCCGUUGGAGGAAGUCUUAGCUGCUGAAUACUUGCUGGAGGAGUUCAGGCCAGACUUGAUCGAGAUGGUGCUUGAUAAACUGAGACCAGAGAAUGUCAGGGUUGCUGUUGUCUCUAAAUCGUUUGAAGGGCAGACAGACCGGACUGAGGAGUGGUAUGGGACGCAGUACAAACAGGAAGCUAUUACUGAUGAUGCUAUUAAGAAAUGGCAAAAUGCAGACCUCAAUGGAAAGUUCAAACUGCCAAUGAAGAAUGAAUUCAUCCCAACAAACUUUGAGAUUUAUCCUUUAGAAAAGGAUUCCCCAUCUGUCCCCACUUUGAUAAAGGACACGGCAAUGAGCAAAAUUUGGUUCAAACAAGAUGACAAGUUUUUCCUACCCAAGGCUUGUUUAAACUUUGAGUUUUUCAGCCCGUUUGCGUACGUGGACCCGUUGCAUUGUAACAUGGCAUAUUUGUACCUUGAGCUGCUCAAGGAUUCCCUGAACGAGUAUGCAUAUGCAGCCGAGCUAGCCGGCCUGAGCUAUGACCUUCAAAAUACCGUCUAUGGGAUGUAUCUGUCUGUCAAGGGUUAUAAUGACAAACAACACAUCCUGCUGAAGAAGAUCAUCGAGAAAAUGGCCACGUUUGAGAUCGAUGAAAAGCGCUUUGAUAUCAUUAAGGAAGCGUACAUGAGGUCUCUGAAUAACUUCCGCGCUGAGCAGCCUCACCAGCACGCCAUGUAUUACCUGCGGCUGCUCAUGACUGAGGUGGCCUGGACCAAAGACGAGCUCCGAGACGCUCUGGAUGAUGUGACGUUGGCUCGUCUGAAGGCGUUCAUACCGCAGCUGUUGUCACGGUUACACAUUGAAGUUCUGCUGCAUGGCAACAUCACCAAACAGUCUGCUCUGGGCAUGAUGCAAAUGUUGGAGGACACUCUCAUUGAGCACGCUCACACUAAACCCCUCCUGCCGAGUCAGCUCAUUCGGUACAGGGAAGUGCAGGUUCCUGACGGUGGUUGGUAUGUUUACCAGCAGAGGAAUGAGGUUCAUAAUAACUGUGGAAUCGAGAUUUACUAUCAGACUGACAUGCAGAACACCCAUGAGAACAUGCUGCUGGAGCUCUUCUGUCAAAUCAUCUCUGAGCCAUGCUUCAACACGCUACGCACUAAAGAACAGCUGGGUUACAUUGUGUUCAGCGGCCCCCGCAGAGCCAAUGGAGUGCAGGGACUGCGUUUCAUCAUUCAGUCUGAAAAAGCUCCUCACUACCUGGAGUCUCGGGUGGAGGCCUUCCUCAAGACGAUGGAGAAGAGUGUGGAGGAGAUGGGAGAGGAAGCUUUUCAGAAACACAUCCAGGCACUGGCUAUUCGCCGUCUCGACAAACCCAAGAAGCUGGCGGCCGAAUGUGCCAAGUACUGGGGAGAAAUCAUCUCCCAACAGUACAACUUCGACAGGGAUAAUAUUGAAGUGGCUUACCUGAAGACAUUGACAAAGGAACAUAUUAUGCAGUUUCACAGGGACUUGUUGGCCAUUGAUGCUCCCAGAAGACACAAAGUUUCUGUGCAUGUGCUGUCUAGAGAGAUGGACUCCUGUCCACUGGUUGGAGAGUUUCCUGCACAAAAUGAUGUCAAUCUGGCUCCUGCCCCCUCACUUCCUCAGCCAUCAUUGGUUCAGGAUAUGACUGAAUUCAAAAGGAGUCUGCCGCUGUUCCCUCUCACCAAACCUCACAUCAAUUUCAUGGCUGCCAAACUGUGAACAGCAUCAUGGGAUUGUCAGAGACACCCAAAUAUGGAGCCAGUAACACCGUUGUCCGUGUGUGUGAGUGUGCGCUUGUGUGCGUGUGUAAGCAGGCAAGGCCACAACGGAGCCGCUUGCAACAUUUUUAGUUGUGCUCUGCGUCAGACAUGCACACCUGAUAUCUCAUAGAUGCAUAGAAAACAUACAAGGUUUGAUUCAUGUUGCUUCUGUCAGGAAAUUUGUAGCCCUAUAUAAUAUAGGAAUCACUCGCUGGCCACGACAACACUUUCUCAUUGUUCGGUUUCAUUUUACACCACCAUGAGAAACCGUUUUGAGAGACUGUUGUGUAAUUUAUCAAGAUAAGUCUCUUUUGAAAUGAAAUAACUGGCCUUAAGAUGGUUUUAAUCAGUGAUCAGAUUUUCUGGCACCUUUUUUUUAAGUUUAAUUUAAUCAAUUUGCUUUGAGUUGUUUUUAGUUUCUGUGCAUGUUGGCAGAGUUUUAUCUUUAAGGAUAGUGUUGUAAAUGCAAGGUGGUUAACUUGAUGGAUUUUAUUUGCGGUUGAAAAAAUAUCAUAAUAAACAAUUUUAAUAUCAUUUUCAUUUGCUUAUUUAAGUUACUUUGUCCUUCAUAAUAUAAACGAUUCAUAAUAUACCUGAAAUCCUGUUUUUCUGACCUCAACUCAGUGUCAUAAUAGAAAUACAAAUUCCACUCAUGAAACAUAAAUUAUGUAAAUCGUUUGUGAAAACUUCGCACAAGAAUGUUUUAAGACAUUUUUGAUAUGACUUUUAUGUUUUACACAAUCAAAUGCAACAGUUUAUGCACCACUGAUUUUUCAAACGAUUUAACAUGAAUAUGAUCAUGAACGAUGCAGAUUGUAUAUUUCAGCAUGCUUAGUUUGACCCAACUCUCUCAUAUAUCGAUAUACACAUGCAACGCCACAACAUUUCAGGAGCUGUUGUGAGAAACUGACUCUGAAAUCCCCUUUAACCGAGUUUGUUUUACUUCUGAUGUCUUGACUUGUGAUUAUGCACUCCUCACAAGCAAUAAUGUGACUUACAGGACCUAUGACUAGUGUCUUAAACUCUAUACUAGGCGUUUUUUUUCUUGACACGGUUUGAGCUUGGUUCCAAGAAACGGAUUAGACGAGGACUAGACUUGGUCUGUGCUCAGAAAACCCUCCUGUGACGUGUUUGAAGGCUGUAAUUUACCUGCGCUGAUGCAGGAACAUCAUGUCAGUCUGUAAUCCAUGUGUGUCCUCAUCUCAGGUGUGUGUUAGCCUCGUCUCGAGCCAAGUCUUCACCAUCACUUGUGUUUCUAGUGCUGAGAUUUAUUCUGAACUUACUCAGGCGUAUCAAAUCGACUGUAUGCUGCAUUUUUUAGAAACUCAACGACCAUCCUACCGCCUCCAUCAAAAUAAUCAAUACUGUUUCAUGCUCAGCAAAACAAACUGAUAUCAGCCUCUUAGAUGAGUUUGGUUGUAUCACUAAGAUGGAUAUACUCAGGCAUCUCACUGCAUCGGUUUUAGUGGCUUGUGUUUUUGUUUUUGAAUUUAAAGGAAUAGUUCAUCCAUAAGUUUCAGUUUAGUCAUUUUAUUGGUUCUCAUGGCAUUCCAAUCCUGUAUGGACAUUUUUCUUUCAUGGAAAAAGAAGUUUGGUGAGAUGUUCAUGCAGUUCUUUUCCAUGCAAUGAAAGUGAAUGGGACUGUGACUGAUAAGUCACAUGGACUAUUUUUAUGCCGUGUUUAGAGCUUGUGUACUAUAUUUCAAAUCUUCUGAAGCCAUUUGAUAGCUUUGUGACAUUUAUCAUUAUUUAGAUGGAAAAAAAUGAAGAGAUGUAAAAUAAGUGAAACUCAAAUACCGUAAGUAGUAAAAUUACUUAAAAAAAAAAAAAAAAAAAUUAAAUAAAUUAAUAAAUAAAAGCUAAAAGGAAAUGUUAAGAAACUAAUAAAAAUUACAAAACCACAUAAAAUGACUAAAACCUUAAAAUUAAAUUAAAUCUGAAAAUAUAAUAACAAAAGCUAAUUAAAAAUAUUAGUAAAUGCUAUAAUAUUAUGUAAAUCUGAAAGAACUGAAAAUCAUAGCUGAUUUAAUUUAAAUUAUUUCAUAAUUUAAAUUGACAUCACAAUUCAAUCGUAUGGCUUCAAAUUAUUUCAUGGUCUUUUUAAAGGGGUAUUUCUCUCCAAAGUGAAAAUUGUCAUUUUACUUGUCCUCAUGUCGUCGCAAAUCUGUAAAUGAUUUUGAAGAACGUUGGGGUCCAAACAAUUUUAGACCCUGCUGACUUCCAUUGAGUGGACAUAAAUAUUUUUCAUAAAAUAUAUUUUGUUUCACAGAAAAAGUCAUACAGGAUUGGAACAAAAUUAAGGCGGGUUAAUGAUGGAAGUGUUUUUAUUUUUGUAUAAUCUAUCAUUUAUUUGGCUCUGGGUCACUGAAUGCUUUUAUUUUGUGGGAAAAAAGCAGCUUGGAUGUUCUGCUAAGUAUCUUUUUGUUCCAUACAGAGACAACAGGUUUGGAAUGACAUGAGGCUGAGUAAAUGCCACUAUUGUAUUUAUUUUAAUUUCGUGGGUGGGGGGUGAACUUCUAGAUUACUUUAAAUUCCAAAGAUGCAUUUCGCAUGCAGUCGGAGCAUUUGUUGCACCCCGAAUCCCUUUAACUGUUCUAGAGUCAGCUCCGAGUUCUGUAGGUUAGUGACUGCAACAGAUGCUUGUGGUUCUCACCGUCUCCUGUAACCUGAUGUCACGUGUUUUGCUCCUACUGUGGUGAACAGUAGGCAGAAUAUUAGAGUAAAGAAAUCUAGAAGAGCAGGAUUUAAUGAGAGUUACUCUGCAUGAACGAAAGAUGUUACAUUGUCCAAAUCCAAGGAAUGGGCUUGUAUGUACCAAACGCAGUCAUGAAGUGGAAACGGUUCUACGGUUGAGAUCUCAUGUUUAUUAGAUGGUUUUGAAGUGCAUCUGGGGAAUGUGUAUCUGUGGGAGAGAUUUCUGUGUUUUAUGAUAAUUAAACAAUCGUAUGAACUCA